AUUCGAGUUAUAACCAGAGUUAACUACAAUCAUCAAACAUCUCAUUCUUGUGCCACCUCUGUUUAGAAAAGCAAUCUGAUAUCUCGGGAAAUACCUUUAAGAGGUAUAAGCAAUAACAUUAAACCAUGUCAUUUCUAUUCAACUGGUUGGAUUUAAGUGUAUUGGAUCUUAAAUCAUCCAUAAACUCCAUUUUAAGUGCCACAACAAUCCCUCAACUCCCACAUAAAGUGUCUAUUUCAUCCUUAUCAUUUGGUGAGAAACCACCUAAAUUUGAAGUAUUGGAUAUUAUUGAUUUGAAAGAGGAUAAGUUUAAAGGAUUAUUCAAGUUUAAUUAUGACGGUGAAUUGAAUGUUGCUUUCAAUACAGAUUAUGAGGCAAAUGCCAUUAAACUGAUUGAUUUUGAUCCAUUUACAAAGCCAAAUUUUGUUUUGACUGAUAAAUCAACUGUCUUACCAGUGGAGUUUAAGAUUAAAAACAUCAAGAUUGAUGCUAUAUUAACAGUUGUCUAUAAUGGAAGAGUCACUGUUGUUUUCAAUGAUGACCCUUUUAUUGAUUUAGAUAUUGAAACGUCUUUAGAUGAAUUCUUGGAUGAUGAUUUAUUUGAAAUGAUUAAACAAGAUACUUUGAAUUUAGUUACUGAAAUGCUGAAGCAAGACUUACCAGAAAUGUUGCAUUCAUUAACAUUAGAUGAUGCUUCUACUUCAAAUGUUUCAGCUCUAUUAGAACAAGAUAUAAAUAGCCCAACAUUGAAAAGGUCAAUCAGUUCAUUAUCAUUAUCUGAACAACCUAUGAAUUUCAAACUACAAGAAAGUCUGUUUGAUACAUUAUCUUUACAACCGCAAGGCUUUACAGAUGUGAUACAAAGAGUCUCAUUAUCCAAGAUUGAAUAUCAAAAUUUGGAGUCAACACAAGCACAUCAUAGAUUAGAAGAAAGAAAGAAAAGAAGAGUAAUAAAGAUGAAUAAAAAGGAAAAGAAAGCCACAAAAGUGCAAAAAGAUCAAAAAUCAUCAUCACCUUCAUUAGAAAUCCCAAGAAUAGAGGAAGAAGUUUUACCAGAGGAGGAAGCUUCAUAUGCAAGAACUAAUUCAAAUUCAGAAACAUCAUCAACAACACUAAUAGAUACAAGUUUCGGCUCUUCCACAAAUUCAUUAGAUGAUUAUUUAAAUUCAGAAACACUGGUUGUUAAAGAAUUGGAUCCUUAUGAAUCGUUAAUCCAUCCAAUGGAUUUAUUACCUUUUUAUAAAAAUGAUCAAAAUAAUUUAAAGAUUUCAACAAAUUUAUCAAGACCAAGAGGUCCAUCUUCAAAUUAUAUCAAUCUGAAUAAUGAUUUCAAAGAUUUCAUAAUACAAAAGAAGGAUUUGAUGAUGACUUCAAGUCAAGUUGUUGAUGAUAGUGACGAUGAUGAUGUUUUCUAUGAUGUUUAGAAGGGAAUAACAAGUUAAUAAAAGGAUUUAGAUACGUUU